AGAUAAUAGGACUUUUGAAUAGGUGGUUAAUGGCUAUGCAGGAAUUCUACAGUUGACCCAAACUACACGGUUUUUCGAACGUGAUUUCUCUUCUGAUAUAGAGAAUAUGUAGACCGCGACACAUGAGAUUAUUGGCACAUAAACAAUUCCUAUUAAAUAACGAGCAUGAGAUUGCAACCCUUGCAGCCAACGUUAUGAAUAGUACAGCAUACUCGACUGGCAAUGACAGCACUUAUGGAAAUUAUAGCUUGUUCAACGACACCUCCAAUCAUACUACAAACAUUACAAAUGAAGAAAUUGUGCAAUCUAAGAGACAAGCGAUCGGAGUUGCUUUAGCUGUGUCCGGAAAUAUCAUGAUUAGUUUGGCACUAAGUGUACAAAAAUAUGCUCACAACAGACUUGGUGACGAGGGAAAAUACUGCUUGGACAAAUGGUGGUGGUUAGGAAUGGUAAUGAUGGGAUUAGGAGAGUUUGGGAAUUUCAUGGCAUAUGGAUAUGCUCCUGCUUCUUUGGUUGCACCUCUUGGAAGUGUGGCGGUUUUGUCUAAUGUUUUCAUAGCUUUUAUUUUUCUACGUGAAACUGUCACACCACACAGCAUUGUAGGAGUCAGUUUAGUAAUAAUUGGAUCUAUAUUUCUCAUCAGUUUUUCAGCAUUCAGUCAGCCUCAAUUAGAUGUACCAACAAUAUACGAAUAUCUGAAAGCAUGGAGCUUUUUAUUAUAUAUUGGAAUUGAAAUUGUUGCUUUAGGAAUUUUAUUUUAUUUAUAUUUCUACAAGAAUGUUGAACAUUUGUUAAUUCUUCUACUCUUCGUCGCUAUUUUUGCGUCAGUCACUGUCAUUUCAGCAAAAGCGGUGUCGACUUUACUAUCAGAAACCAUACGCAGUGGUGUCAAAUAUAUUGCGAAUCCUGUGUUCUGGAUCAUGCUAUUUCUACUACCAGUCACAACAGCAAUACAAAUUCGUUUUUUGAAUAGGGCAAUGCAGCUGUACAAUGUUUCUGAUGUUGUGCCGGUCAACUUCAUAUUCUUUACUGUGAGUGCGAUAUUGGCUGGAUCUAUAUUUUAUCAAGAAUUUUACGGAGUUCCUUUUCUACGUGUAUUCAUGUUCUUAUUUGGAUGUUUGUUGUCGUUUAUUGGAGUAUACAUUAUUUCUCAUAAAGGUAAAACACUUCCCAAGUGCAGUUGCUGGUGCGGAAAAGAAGAAGACACAGCUAACAUUAUUGAAAACAAAGAUAAAGAUGACGACACCCAGUUGAGUGAUAUAGAAAUUGAAGACGAAAACGAUUUAAAAAUACCUGAAUCGGCUGAAACUUCAUCGAGCAAUAAUCACGGCGAUUUUAGACUUAUUGCCAGACUAGCAAAUUUUCUGAAACAGACUGAAACCAUUUCAAGAGUGCAACCAAAAACGAAUGAUUAAUGUGAUACUGGAUGUUGAAAUAAUAAAAAUAGUACCUAUUAGA